GUGACAUUGAAGAUCUGGCAGGCGACUUGGGACUCUGCCUACGGUGCCCUAAGCACAAGGGCAAGUUCGGUGGCGGGCUGUACGUGUCCUUUACCACGGGGAAGUGUGCCACUAAGAGCCCAUGCAGCCGCUCUGGCAAGGUGGCCAAGUGGACUGUGCCCGUGUACGAGACAAAAGAGGAAGGUGGGGUCGUGUUCAUUCGUCAGGCUGAAGAACAUGGUCCUGUACGGAACGUGGGGUUGCCAACAGCUGUGACUACGGAGCACGGCGCGCACCUGGCAGCGCAAGUUGUGGUCAUUCGUCCUGUGAGUCCAGACAGCAGCAUAUUUGUGCUGCGGCUACUCAAUGACCAAGACCGCGCCGCUUUCAUGCGAGAGCCUUCUGCCAUGUGGCAUAUUUGGCUGGCCGUGGGCGGUGUCAGCCGUGAGUACACCCCAAUCAGCAGUAGUCUCGACUCCGCAAAGACAGGGACCAUUGAGCUAGUCAUCAAGGUAUACGCGCAAGGCCUCAUGUCCGUGCAACUGGCCAAUCUCACAGCAGGUGAUGUUGUGGCUGUCAGUGAGCCCAGGGUGACACUCCGGGUGCCAGAUUUAGAGACUGCAUCGCCGCCUGCCGGACUAUCCUUCAAUCUACUCGCCGGUGGCACCGGCAUAGCCCCAUGCCUCCAAAUGCUUCGUAAAGCCAUGGGAGCCAGGGCCACAGUGCGCAUGCUGUACUCAAUCCGGACACAAAAAGACGCGUUGCUCGAAUCUGAGCUGAAAGGCCUGGCAGCAGCCUGGCCAAACUGCAGCUUCUCCUAUGCACUCAUCCUCACACGGGCAAGUGAGAGCCCGGCUGGCGCGGAGAGGGAGCCAAAGCGAUCACGUCGGGCUGGCGCUGUCUGUGGGCGGCGCAUCGACGCCGCGAUCGUGCGGGAGCACCUGGCGGCCCCCGCAGUAAGCGACGAAGGUGCACGCCCGGGUGCAGUCAUGACCAUCAUCACGGGGCCUUCGGGAUUCAACGCCUGCUGCGAGGAUUUGGUGGGCCGCACAUUGGCGCCAGCUGAGUCUGGGGAGGUUGUCGUGCUCGACGCAUGA